AAAACUUCUUCAGGUGCCUUGCCAAUGCCGCCAAGAUCAGAGAAUUACCACCAAUGGCAGCAAUGCAAGCUCUCAUGGUCGAAUCUGCUGCCCCUCCAUUAACUGAUGCAAUCAACGUUAUCAACCUUCCUACCUCAGUCGAGAAGGUCCAACUCAUUAAUGUGAAAGGCAUAGCAAAACUCACCAAUUUCAAUCAACGGUUCUAUUACCUUGCUUGCUCACUAUGCAACAGAGCAUCGAAUGCAUAUGAAGAUCAUGAGCUCUGGUGCAAUUACUGUUCCCAACGAGUUCCACCACUAGCAAGGGUUAAGUUCAACAUUGAGGUCAGCGAUCCAACAGCAUCGAUCGAGGCAACAAUCUUCCCAAAAAUUGCCGAGCAAUUAUACGGCAUUACGGGAGCCAACAUAGACACAACUGAACCUAAUGCACCACUCUCGCCCGAGCUCCUUGACCAGCUUGCUGAACCCAAGAGAUGCAACAUCACACUCAAAGCUUACAUGAACACCUAUGCUGGAAUUUCGCAGUGCAAGUUCAAUGUCUAUUCAAUGUCUGCCAUACCAUUGCCAACACCGGAUGACCAACAGAAUCUUCAACAACCACUGGUCCUACCUCUUCCAACAACAAUCAAAAACGAAAAAAGCGUCACGGCAUCAGCAUCUUCGAAAUUCCAGGCAAAAAACGCAAGCUGAACUGAAGCCAUAAAGCCUACUCCCACCUCUACUAUCAAUGGCUGCUCCCUUUUGAAGUACUUUCACGUUGCUAUGAAUGCCUACUCCCUGCUCUACUAAUCUUAUGCUCCUUGACCAUCUCAAAAUCAACUAAUGCUUUUGAUGCACUGUGUUGUCUAUAUCUACAUCAGCUGGUCCUUUUGAUACUUUAAUCAACCUAUGUAAUAUAUCCACGUCUGUGCACUAUAUUAUGCAUAUCUAGAUGAACUGAUACUUUUGAUCCUUUGAUCAAUUUAUGUGAUUCUAGCAACCUAUAUCCAUGCUACACCUAUUUUCACCCA